UUUUGUUGUUGUAGCUAGCAGCGGCGCGCGGCGGCCGCGCCGGGUGCCGUCGUCGUCCUUGGGCGCGCACGCAGCCACCCGUGUGCCGUGACACGACUAUAUCAUAUAUACUCCACACGUACGGCCACACGGCGGUGCGCGUAUACUAUAUGGCUACGCUUCCCGCGCCGUGCAUCAUCAACAGCCACCAAGGCCGCCGCUGCCGCCGGUUCUCGUCGCCGGCGGCAACCCCCCAUGGCCAUUCCACCCAUCUCCGCCGCAAGGUGUGCGCGGCGACGGCGUCCAGGAGGGAGGCUGCGGUGGCCCGGAUGCCGCGGCUGGCGCACAGGGAGGUGAUGCUGGAACUAGCGCACCAGAUGGAGGCUCGUCUCGGCCCGUGGCUGCUGCCCUCGGAGGUGCCCGCGGACGUGGCCUGCUUCGGGGAUGCCGCCGUGCCGGGGGCCGCGCUCGGAUCCGUCGACGUUCACCGGGGCGCGCCUGGCUCCUCGAUCGACUUCAUGCUGGAGGCCUGGUUCCACCGUGCGCUCCCGACCGGAGGCGCCAUCGACAUCACCUCUCUCGUCGUGUUCCUCAACGGCACCACCGACGCGCCCCAUUUCCUCAUGGAGCUCAUCCAGGGCGGCCCGUCCUCCCUCGUCGUCCUCCUCGAUCUCUUCCCGCGCAGAGACCUCCCGGUCCACCCGGACUACAUCGACAAGUACUAUGGCGCGACCAGCGUCGACGCUCAUCGCAUCAACAUCGAGAAGAUCCCUCAGGUCCGGCCGUAUGUCUCGCCGUCGCUGCUGGUCCGGAGCCUGUGGUCACCGACGGCGGUCGUCGUCGACAUCCAGUGCGGGGAGCAGGGUAAGGAGGCCGCGCUUGAGGAGAUCGUGCGUGGCCAGCUUGCACACUCCGCCGCCGAGCUUCUUCAUGUGUGGCUCAACAAGUGUGCGGGGAGUGUCGAGGAGAUGGAAGAGACGGAGAAGGAGAUCUUGGUGGCGAGGGACAAGAUGAUCUCAACCACAUCGGUCAAGCUUAACCUGUCUGCCAACCUGCCCAAGAUAUUUGACAAGCAUGUGUCCGAUAGGGUAGUGGCUGAAAUCGACAAGGCCUUUCGUGGGCCAUAAUGUAAUACUGUAACUUCUUAUAUUGGUACCUAGACUCAUCCGCCAGCCCAGCGAGCCACAAUCUCUAUUUUUCUUUUUCGCGCA